AAAUAAAGUAAUUAAGGAAGAAAAAUUAUAUGCAUUUGCAUAGCUGCCCAUAUACUUUUGGGCAAAAUUCAGAUCAAAAUAAAGUGUUUGGUUUGCAAGAAUUUGAAAGAAAGAAAGCAAGAAAGCAGCAGUUACUGAUGUUGUUGAGAGGUGGUGCCUUUGUUGUGGGGACUGACUGAAACUACUCCUGUCUGAGAGUUUGGACUUUGAAGUUUGAAUUGUGUGUGUGAUAUAUAUAUAUAUAUUUUUUUUUUCACUUUCUUGUGGAAAAGAAAUUAAUGGCAGCUCAACGGUUUGUUCAGCCUCAAUCACUCCCUCCUUAUCCUGAGAUGAUCUUUUCAGCAAUUGAAGCAUUGAACGAGCCUAAUGGCUCUAAUAAGACAUCCAUAUCCAAGUAUAUUGAAUCAAAGUAUGGGGAGCUCCCACCGGCCCACACAACACUCCUCUCACAUCAUCUCAACAGAAUGAAGGAUACUGGAGAAUUAGUGUUUUGGAAAAACAACUACAUGAAGGCAGACCCCAGCGCACCUCCUAGGCGUGGCCGAGGAAGGCCCCCUAAACCCAAGGUUCCAGUGCCACCGGGCACAAUCCUGUCUCCUGCCAGACCUAGGGGUCGUCCACCAAAGGACCCCAAUGCACCCCCAAAGCCAGUGAAGCCAAAGAUCGCGCCUACAGGUAGUGGAAAGCCAAGAGGGAGGCCACGCAAGAUGGCACGGCCAACUGGAGGAAUGAGUGGAACUACUCCAACCACAACAGUGACAAUGGCAACUGGGAGCGGGAGGCCGAGGGGUCGGCCUCCAAAGGUGAAGCCUGCCUCUGUGACUGAAGUGAGUGUUCAAUAAAUCAGGCCACCUCCUUCCAGUUAGUGAUAGCAGUAGUUGGUCGACUUGGGUUGUUCUGUGUGUUGUAGAAUUGGGGUGGUGGUGGUGAGUCCUUAGUUUGCUAAUCUGUCUAUGCACAUGUGUAAUUGCCUGUGUAGAAUGGGAUGAAAUUAGUUAUUGUUGUUGAUGAGGCUUUGUUGUUUACAUUAGAGAAUAAUAUGGUAGUAAUUUGAUGAUCUGUCUUCAUUAA